AUGGGUUCUCCGAGCCGAGGUAAGAAGGCUAGGGAUACCUCGGAGGACGUGGACGAAAUCUACAGCCGUCCACGGGCAGAGGUCAGGGAGCUGGUAGACGAGGAUGACGCGGCCAGCGGCGCGCCUCGCGGCUACGGGCCGCCGGCCGACAGGAAGGACGACUACGCGAGCGGAUCGGACGAGGAGCCCGAGGUGUUGCAGAACAACAAGUCUAUCCUGGCGCGCGAGGACUCCUACAGGCGGCAGCGCCUGGAGCGGAAGCUCUCGCCGGAAAGGUUUGACCCCUUCGCGUCAAGCUCCAAUCCGGAGGAGCGCACGUACUCGGAUAUCAUGAAGGAGACCGAGAUCAUGCGCACGCGCAAAGACAUCGAGAAGUUCAUGGAGCGUGAGCGCAUUUCCGUGGAUGAGGCGCGUUCCAUCGACGGGAAGCGUUCUCGCCGCUCCGGCUUCGACGAGGAGGACUCGGCUGCCUUUGCCGAGACCCCGCUGGUGGAGAGCGGGGCCUACGCGGAAACACCGCAGCUUCAGGCGGGCGCCUACCCAGAGACGCCGAAGAUAGGCGAUGCCACACCCGGGCCCGAGAUCAAGAAGCGCAUGUCCCGUUGGGACAAAACGCCGCAGAUGGAAGCGCAGACACCCACCGGCACGCCCAUGGGCCUUGGGGGUUAUGGCGCAGCCACGCCCUUCACGCCAGCAGGGUUACAGCCGGAACAGUACGCCUUCACCACCGAUCGCAACCGCUACCUGACAGACGAGGAACUGGACGAGUUGAUUCCUUGCGAGGGUUACGAAAUCAUUGAGCCGCCGGAGGGAUACAUCGCAAGCAAGUACGUGAGUUACCACAGCCACCAAGUCCCGGAGUCCCCGAGUUUCGUCAUCAAGGACGAGAAUCUGCGCAAGCCAUACGACAUUCCCGGAACGCCGUCACUGUUACUGGAUGUGGAGGUCAAGGCUGAAGACCAGCACUUCUUCGGCAAGUUGUUCGACGACAAGACGGAGGAGGACCUGACGGCCGACGAGAUCACCGAACGACGCAUUUUGGCGCUGUUGCUGAAAAUUAAAAAUGGCGCGCCGCCGUUGCGUCGCCAGGCUCUGCGCCUGCUGACGCAGAAGGCCAGGGAGUUCGGGCCCGGGCCGCUGUUCAACCAGAUCUUGCCGCUGAUGAUGCAGACCACGUUGGAGGACCAGGAACGUCACCUGAUGGUGAAGGUGAUAGAUCGCAUUCUUUUUAAGUUGGAGGACCAGGUUCGCCCGUAUGUCCACAAGAUCUUGGUCGUCAUUGAGCCCUUGCUGAUCGACGAGGACUACUACGCGCGUGUGGAAGGGCGUGAAAUCAUCAGCAACCUCAGCAAGGCCGCGGGACUCGCCACGAUGAUAGGUACCAUGCGUCCAGAUAUUGACCACCCAGACGAGUACGUGCGCAACACCACCGCACGUGCGUUCGCAGUCGUGGCCCAUGCCACUGGCAUCCAGUCACUGAUCCUCUUCCUCAAGGCCGUCUGCCAAUCGAAGAAAAGCUGGCAAGCGCGACACACGGGAAUCAAAAUCGUGCAGCAGAUUGCCAUCCUCGUGGGCUGCGGAGUCCUGCCGCACCUCAAGCAGCUGGUCUCGAUCAUCGCGCUGGGCCUCGAGGAUGAGGUCCUGAAGGUGCGCACAAUGACGGCAUUGGCUCUGGCCUCAUUGGCUGAAGCGAGCGCUCCGUUCGGUAUUGAGGCCUUCGACAUAGUUCUGCGUCCUCUGUGGAAGGGUAUUACUGAGCACCGGGGCAAGGGGUUAGCCGCGUUUUUGAAGGCCAUCGGUAUGAUCGUGCCGCUCAUGGACCCCUAUUACGCGUCCUACUACACGAAGGAAGUGAUGAACAUCCUGGUCAAAGAGUUUUCCACGCCGGACGAGGAGAUGAAGCACAUCGUGCUCAAGGUCGUGCGGCAGUGCAUCUCGACGGAAGGCAUCCAGCCGGAUUAUAUCCGCCAGGAGCUCAUGGACCCGUUCUUCAAAUCGUUCUGGAUUGUGCGUAACAGUAUGGACAAAAAGAACCUGGACCUGAUCAUUGAGACUACCGUCGAGAUUUCCAACAAAGUUGGACUAGAGGUGAUACACCGUUUGGUCGACGACCUCAAAGACCCGUCGGAAAGUUUCCGCGUGAUGGUGGCGCAGUGUAUAGAGGCUGUGCUCAUCAGCUCUUUAGGCCACGACGCCGACCAAAAGGUGGAACUCGACCAGAGACUUGAAGAGCUGCUCAUAGACGGUAUGAUUUACGCCUUCCAACAGCAGGCCUCCGAUGAUUGCACCGUGCUGUUGGAAUCCUUCGGCACGCUGCUGCAUUACCUCGGCGAUCGUAGUUUGCCUUAUUUGACACAGAUUGUGGGUGUGAUUCGCUGGCGACUGGGUACCCAGAGUCCACGCACACGUCAGCAAGCGGCGGACAUGAUCUGCAAGAUCGCGCCGAUCAUGCGCCAGUGUGGCCGUCAGGAUAUGCUUGCCAGCUUGGGGCUGCACCUAUACGAAUACCUGGGUGAGGAGUACCCAGAGGUUCUAGGCAGCAUAUUGGGAGCCCUGAAGGCGAUUGUCUCUGCCAUCGGUCCGGCGGCAAUGUCGCCUCCCAUCAAGGAUCUGCUGCCACGCCUCACUCCCAUCUUGAAGAACCGGCAUGAAAAGGUGCAGGAGAAUGUGAUUGAGCUCGUGGGGCGUAUUGCAGACCGCGGAGGAGACCUUGUUUCCCCCAAGGAGUGGGAUCGUAUCUGUUUUGACUUGCUCGAGCUUCUGAAGGCCAAUAAGAAGAGCAUCAGACGUGCGACCGUUAACACCUUCGGUUACAUUGCGCGCACAAUCGGUCCAAACGACGUUAUAGCGACACUGCUUAACCAUUUACGCGUGCAAGAGCGACAGCUGCGGCUGUGCACCACCAUCGCCAUUGCCAUCGUCGCGGAGACGUGCCUACCGUACUCCGUUCUCCCGGCGUUGAUGACGGAGUACCGCGUGCCCGAGAUUACCGUGCAGACCGGAGUCUUGAAGGCGCUGUGUUUCCUCUUCGAAUACAUUGGCGAGAUGGCCAAGGAUUACAUUUACGCCAUCACGCCCCUCCUGGAGAACGCGCUGAUGGACCGCAACUUGGUGCACCGUCAAACGGCCGCCUGGACAUGCAAGCAUCUGGCGUUAGGCGUUGCGGGUUUGAACUGCGAAGACGCGCUGCUGCAUCUGCUGAACUACGUCUGGCCCAACAUUUUUGAAACCAGCCCCCACCUAACGCAGAGCUGCUUCGACGCCAUAGACGGAUUCAGGGUGGCCCUGGGGCCGAGCGUGAUAUUCCACUACAUUCUGCAGGGGCUCUUCCACCCGGCGACAAAGGUGCGCGAAGUCUACUGGCGACUGUACAAUAACCUCUACGUGGGCAACCAGGACGCCUUAGUCCCGUUGUUCCCGCUGGUACGCGAAGGCGUGGAGAACCGCCACCAAGCAACGGAGCUUUUGUACACCCUAUAG